AUGACGACGACGACUUUUGCGCUUCCGCAACAAACCACCGCGACGACGACGAGGACGACGAAAAGUUCCUUCGUCUCCUCUUCUUCCUCUUCUUCGUUCUCGAAAAAGAAAGCUUCUUCUCUGAGCUUUGCGAGACGAAGGAAUAAAAUCUCCUCCAAACAACGCGGGGCCGAAAUCCUUCCCGCCUCCUUGUUGGGAGAUCGCGAGGACAAGAGUUUAUGGGACGAACUGUUAGAGGCGGAAGACAUCUCUUCCGAUGAUGGUGGUGGUGAGUACCAAUCUGAUGCUUCUGCAAAAGUGAUGACGACGACGACGACGAGAACCGACGACGAUAAAAACGACGUAUCGUCGGAACAGCCUCUGUGGGAGAUGUUAGCCGACGAGGAGGAGGAAGAAGAGGAGAACAGAAGCGCUUUGAAAAAAAAAGCAAACAACAACUUUAAGGCGAAGAAAAAAUUAUCAUCAUCAUCAUCGGCAAAGACGACGACGAAAGCGCUGCGCGCGAAAUCGUCGUCGUCGUCCUCCUCCUCCUCCUCCUCCUCGCAAAAGAAGAGAGAGGACGACACAGACAUCUCCGCGGAAGACGCGGCGGCGGAACUCUUUCGCGAUACCACGAGAGACGCGUUGAGAAUAUCGAAAUCUGAUUUUACCGUAUCCUCAAUCAUCGAUAAAAUCAACCGAGGGAAGGUUGAUUUGAGACCGAGUUAUCAGAGAGAGUACGUGUGGACGGUUCGGACGGCGUCGAAGUUAAUCGAGAGUUUAUUGUUGAACAUUCCAGUGCCGACGAUGUUUUUCCACGAGGUGAAAUCGGGAAAGUUGGAAGUCGUGGACGGGAAGCAGCGCUUGACGUCGAUAUGGUCGUUCGUGCAGAACGAGUUUCCGGGCGGGCAAGCGUUUAAGUUGAGUGGGUUGGAGGUUUAUCACGAGUUGAACGGGAAGACGUUCGACGAGUUGAACGAGACGUUCCAGGAGAUUAUUUUGGAUUACCCGUUGAACGUGCACACGAUUUCCAAGACGUCGCAACCGGAUUUUGUGUUUGAGGUUUUUGAGAGGUUGAACAUGGGUGCGACGCAGUUGAACGAACAAGAGUUGAGGAAUUGCAUCUAUCAAGGCGCGUAUACGGAUUUGUUGGAGGAGUUGACCUUGAACGAAAGCUUCUUGUUUGCGAAUCGAUCGAAAAUGCCACAUUUGAGAAUGCGCGACCGAGAGUUGAUUUUGCGAUUUUUCACCAUGCAACGCACGACUCCGAGCGGGUUUUAUUUGCCAGCCAAGUCCUGGUUGAACGAAGAAAUGCGAGAAAACAAAGAUUUGUUGCCAAAAGAAGCGACCGAGAUGACUGAACUUUUCGAAAAGACGUUGAAAUUAUCCGUCGACAUCUUUGGUGACUGCGCGUUUCGACCGGCCAAGUACCCGGAGGCAAGCAAGAAAGGCCAAAAAGUCACCGCGGAAGACGUGAGCGGCAUAUUCGUUCGCGAAUACUUCGAAUCCGGAGAAAUUUCUGUCGCUUUGUGGGACACCAUCACGAGUUCGUUCGCUAAAAUGGUCCGAGAUGAAAACGAAACCAAAUUAGCCUUGGAGAUCAAGGAUGAAAUCGUCGCCGCGUGGAUCAACCUGGCGACGAGCGAUAAGUUCAGACGGAACAUGGUAAGCCAACCGAAAGCGGUUUUAGCUAGAGACGAAAUGUUUAGAGAUAUGCUGUUGAGUUUAGGUUUGUUAUCUCCGAACGACGAGGACGAGAACGACGGGGAGGAGGAAAGCGAAGGGAGCACUAAAGGACCGAGAUAA